AUGCCAGACUCGGAAGCGACGACUGCGACGCUCUCCGUGGGCGAACCCGCCGCCUUGAGCGAGGAGCAGCUCGCCCAGUUGAUGGAGAAGCAUCGCAGUCACAAUGGCGAUUUUGACCUUCCCGUCGACGGCUGGGACAAGCUGUCUUUGCAUGCCCGAAGCCAGCUCGCGGAAAGAUUGAAAGCACAAGAACGAAUCUUGUCCGAGAACGCUGCGCCUCAUUCCUUCCCGCUCGAUCUUGACCAACUCGACGCGCGUCUACGUCGAGGCCUUGAAGAUGAAGACGCUGGCUUUCCUGCCUUUGUCGAGAUGAUGGAGAGCAUGUAUAGAAACGAUAAGUACGACAAGGGGGUAGCUCAGCUCGGAACCGAUCCAUCGUGGCUCAAGUCAGUAUGGUUGGACAAGCGAAGGACACGCAGAUGGCAGCGCCGGUGGCAACGGGAACGUGGCUGCAACGGUUUCUCCGACUACGUCGAUGCAGUGAAGCGCCCCGGCGCGCCACGGAUUCGCACGACAUACCUUUGCUUUGAAUACUGGUGGCUUGACCGGUCCACCGACUCCAUCGAGCGCCUGGCGCCCGACCACGACAGACGCUGGCAAGAGUUGGUGGACAAGAAGAUACCGAAGCCUCAUGAAUUCAAGGAUUUCGUGCGGACCACCCCGUCUUCGAUGGAGCGUGGGAGAGAACGGGAGCAAGCCUGGGAGGCUAGACAGGCGGCCGAAGCAGAGGCGAAGCGGGACUAUUUCUUGACCCAAGAAGAUGCCCGUCGCCUCACCAUUCCGGAAGAGACGCGUAUGCGGAUGCUUGAAGCUGCCAGGAAGAAGUUGGUGGCGGCGCAAGAGCGGUACGAGUUUACCAGGCGCCGGGUCAGCAUGGUCACGGAUUUCAUCCGGGCGACAUUCGACUACGUGAACGCUGAAAAGGAUGCAACCCGUCACACUGCACUCACGCAACGGGUCCUGGAGCAAGUCCCUCUGGUCGAGGCCGAGUUGCACCGAGGCCAGUCCCGAUACGAAGAACAAAAAGCGAAGGCGCGCCCAGGAUGA